AUGGUCCACCAAGAGAAGGUGUGCCGUGAUCGGGGCGUGGAGCUCAACCAGAAGCGUCUCCAAGGCACCCUGGUCGACAUGGUCUUCGAGGUGGAUGGGGUCAAAUUCAACGCCCAUCGCUUCAUCGUGUCGCUGUACUCGCCCUAUCUGCGCACUCUCGUCGACCCUCACGGGCACUUUGCCGAGAACCAAACGGGACAGGGUCAAAUCACGCUCAAGGGCCUGGAUGCCGAGCAUUUCGGACACAUUCUCACCUACAUCUACACCGGACAGAUCACCAUUCAUGAGGACAAUGUCUUUGAACUGGUGGAGAUCUGCCAGUAUCUGCAAAUCAGCGAUGACGACAUCCUCGUACCUCAAUGUCUGAGCUUCUUGGGCGAUAAACUCCACACUUGUCCUUUGGCCAUGGUCUUCAAGAUCUGGAAUCUGGCCGAGCAGUACGGCUUUGCCGAGCUUCGAAGCCACGUGUUGGGCGUGUUGAGCUUCCGGUUGGAGGACUUUCUGCGCAAAGACUUCUUCAUGUACUUGGGAUUUGAGGAGAUUGAGCAGGUGCUCUCCCAUGAAGUCUUGUGCAUUCGCUCGGAAAAGACAUUGUUCGAUGCCUUGGUAGCUUGGCUCAAACGCAAGGCCAUGGAAGAAGAGGACGACCCAGAGACAGGUCCUGAGCACGAACCCGGGGGUAUCUUGAGCAUGACUAUGGAACUGGUGGGCAAAUUGAAGCUGUGCAAUCUCUCCGAUGCCUACGUUCGUGCUGCGCUCAAAUCCGUUUCGCCUAAACUGUACGAUCCGCCGCGGGAACAGGAUCCUUUCGCUCUCCGGCAAUGCUCGAAUUGCGUGUACAUGUUCGAGUAUUCUCGGUGCGAGUCCGAAAUCCUCGGCAUUCAAGAGUUUGUCAGUCAGCGCCGCGAUAAGCCCACCUACGCUUACUUUGAUCCGUGCUCCGCCUCGCGGCAUGCCGUGGCCGUGCUGAACGCCCCCACUCAGAGCAAGUCCUACUUCCAGCAUUAUGGUCCGCAUUCCUCGUCCAAUUUCGAGAUGAUCACGAACGAUAGUGAAGUGUUGGUGAUUGGCGGGAUGAAGCGUGGUCCCCGUGAGACCUGCGUGUCCAAUGACGUCAAGAUCUUUGAUCUGAACACGGCCACUUGGGAACAUUUCGGGGGCUCGCUGCCCCGGGAAGUGAUUGAAUUUGGCGUGAUUUGCUCUUCCGAGUACAUCUACGUCAUCGGCGGUUUGACCGACGAGUUUUGUCGCAGCGCCCCGAACAAAGUGCUCUACCAGAAUCGACCUAUGAACGUGUCCACCGAAGUGUACAAGAUCUAUCGAGGCGAUCUGACGAAUCUCCAGGGGUGGACCAGUCUUCCGCCCAUGCUUCAACCGCGGACCGCCUUCUCAGUGUGCCAAAUCGGGGACCAAAUCUUCGUUAUAGGUUGUGACUUCUGUGAUAUCUUCUACAUGGAGCGCUCGGAGUGGAUCACCAUUAACCCGCCCAUUGACCAGGACUCCGUGGACAAGCCCGCUUUAGCCGUGGUGGGCACGCAGAUCUACGUCUUUGGCAAUCGUACCAAAAAUGGCGAGAACGUCUUCCAAUGUCUAGACACGGAAACCCGCCAAUGGAAACGCAUUCCCGGACUGAACUUCCGCCUGGACGUGAUUGCGGCCUUUGCGCACAACAACCUGGUCUAUCUGCUCAGUUGGCAGCGAUCCAAUGCGAACAUGAUUCAUUCUUACAACCCGGUGAGCCUCGAGUGGAAGGCGAUUGUUCUCAAUUUGCCCGGAACAGUUAGGGCGGGGACGUUGAUUCGGCGACAAGUGCUCGAAGAGAACUUCUUCUAUGGAGCCAAGCCUUUACAUUGCACCGAGUUAGAGAACAUUGCCUGA